UUUCACUUCGGCUAUGGCCUCCUACUACUAAGGGAAUUAGUCGGCUGGAACGCCGAAAUCAACGGACGUCCUUACAAGAUUUUGUCGCCCGCACGUUAAGAUUCAUCUAGUGCCUCUUGAGAAUCGUCUAAUAUUGUGCUUUUGUUACUGAUGAAGUGGCCUAGCUUUACAAGGAACUCCUUAGUAAGAAAAUUUAAAACAAAGUCUGGAGAUGAAGAGAAACGUGAUGCCAAGACACUGCUGGAGGAAAUAUUUGCGCCUGGGUACUCUUUUCCUGAUCAAGAUACCGACGACACUUUGAAAGUAACUAUCAGUGAUGUUGCAUACUUCGGAGACAUCAAAGAUGUUGCACAAUUAUCUCCUAGAGCCCAGUUAGACGGAAAUUCGCCCACUAUGCGAAAAUUCUUUCCUGGCAGGUACAAAGUGACCGUUCUCAAGUUGUUCAGAGACAGGCAAUCCGGCCAUCUGAUCGACCCGCUUGUUAUAUUUCACCACGAAGAAGUAGAUUCGAACCUGUUGGCACUGCAGGUGGUGCGCAUGUGCAGUGACUACUGUAGCAACCACAGCCAGCUGUUGAACUCAUUAAGUCGACACGACUGGUGCCACUGGACUCACUAUGAAGAGCAUGUCUUUUUCCAUGACGAUGUCUUUGAUUGUGAACUCAGAAGGGCCACUGAUGUAGUCGCGUCUCUUGGAAAUGCCGGCCCAUCCCGUGCACGGGAAUCUAAGGUUCCAAUUGCCGAAGUAUUCCCGCGGGAUUUCAGAACUCUCAUUUACUUCGCCAGGAGCGAGGAUGCCAAGGACCUUAAGAACUACAUUUCCAAAAACCAAGUUCGCAGGUCAUCAGUCAACAAAUACGUGUUUUCCAUCGAGGACGAUGAGGGAGCCAUCGUCUCCAUCGGCGUAAAUUACUCGCCGUUUAGCACUAACGAAUGGGUUUACUCAAAGGUCUUCGAGGACACAGAAACCGGAAAAUGCUUCGCCCUUAUAGUUAAUGGUAAUUUCAAUAUGGGAUGUGAACCAUGGAAUGAGUUCCGGACACCGGAACAGAGGGCCAAAUUUGGCUUUACUAGUGUUAAGAAGAGCAAACUCAAGUUUCCAAUGAAACAAUUCAUCAGGAAGUAAUUUUUGACUAAAGGAAGCACCAGGUAUUAUUGGCAUAAAUAUUAUCAUCCCGCAAACUAGAAGAGUAUCUCUGAUAUAAAGUUACUGCCUGUCGAAAGUCUUAUAUUUUCUGCGAAAUUUUGUUUUGAAUGAGUAUUCGAACUGUGGUAGUUUCUAAAAGUCGCACUUUGUACCGAUAGUUUUUCUUUACAAAUUUUUUGAAUAUAUUUAUAUUCAUAAAGGCGUGGCCUGUGGGUACGCGUUUUCUUUUACGUUUUUAGUUUCGGAGAUUUUAAUAUAACAUUUCAUGGAGGUAAA